AUGGGGAGAUCUCCCUGCUGUGACAAAGCCAACGUGAAAAGAGGGCCAUGGUCUCCUGAAGAAGACACAGCUCUCAAGAACUAUGUCCAAAGAUAUGGCACUGGUGGAAGCUGGAUUUCUUUACCCACCAAAGCAGGACUCAAAAGAUGUGGCAAGAGCUGCCGUUUGAGAUGGCUUAAUUAUCUCAGACCAGACAUCAAACAUGGAGGUUUUACUGAAGAAGAAGUCAACAUUAUCUGUAGCCUCUACAAUAGCAUAGGAAGCAGGUGGUCUAUCAUUGCUUCUCAUCUACCAGGAAGAACUGAUAAUGAUGUGAAGAAUUACUGGAAUACCAAACUGAAGAAGAAAUUAUUAGCAGGAAAGAAUGGUGUUUAUCUCAGUAACACUGUUACUCCUAGUUGCAACACAAGCUUCACAACAUUGCCAUUGUCCAGUGAAGUUGGGCUAGUACAAAACUUGAAUCCAAACACACUUAUUGUUUCAGACCCAACUCAAUUCUCAUCAUCUCAAGAAAUUUCAUCAGGCAUUUCAAUUGCUUCAUCUUCUUCUCUUGCCAUGGACAAUUCUUAUGUCUCAUGGCCUAGCAAUGGAGGUAGCGAAGACGAUUACGGGUUUUUCAUGGAUUUGGGUUUUGGAUCUCCAUAUGAUAUCCUCAAUGGCUUUGGUUUUCAGGGGAAGAACACUGAAGUUGAUCCAAAUUUGGCUGACCCUUCUUGCCCUAAUUUGUUUGUUAAUGACACAGACACUAAACCACAAGGGUUGUUGUAUCAGAGUCAGAAAGUUACACUCUACUAG